AUGAAAGAAUUCACUAUACCCAAGGCCUGCCAGGUCUUUCUUGCAAUACUCUCUUUUGUCGGCUUGGUUUUAUCUGAAUCAUGUGAUAAUACAGCAACUUCCAGGAGUUGUUGGGGUGAGUAUAAUAUCUCGACCGAUUAUACAACAGUAAUACCCUACACAGGAGUCACACGAGAGUACUGGCUUUCCGUACAAAACGUUACGUUGGCUCCUGAUGGAUAUGAACGGCUGGUCCUAGCUGCCAAUGGGACCUAUCCAGGACCUUUAAUCGAAGCAAACUGGGGUGAUAAUCUUGUCAUUCAUGUCACCAACGAACUAGAAAACAACGGAACCGCAAUCCACUGGCAUGGAAUCCGACAACUUGACUCGAAUGAAUACGACGGAGUUCCCGGAGUCACACAAUGUCCAAUUGCCCCAGGUACCACGAUGACCUACAAGUUCCGUGCCACCCAGUAUGGCACAUCCUGGUAUCACUCGCACUGGAGCAUCCAAAUGGCCGACGGUCUCUACGGACCAAUCGUCAUUCACGGCCCCACAACCGCAGACUACGACGUCGAUCUGGGCCCCGUCUUCAUCACCGACUGGUACCACGAAACCGCCUUCUCGCUCUGGGAAAGCAAAGCCAAGCACGGCGCGUUCCCAACAAACGUGGACGCAGAAAACGGCCUAAUCAACGGCACUAAUACAUACCCAUGUGAGGAAUCAGACGGUCCCGCGUGCACUGGCAGUGGACGUCGCUCGCAGGCAGUAUUUGAGAAGGGGAAGAAAUAUCUCUUGCGUGUCAUCGAUGGCGAGACGGAUGGGUUUAUGAAGUUUUCUAUCGAUGGACAUAAACUCACUGUGGUUGCGAUGGACCUUGUUCCCAUCGUGCCGUAUGAGACGGAGAGUAUCAUUCUUACGUCAGGCCAGCGGUAUGAUGUUAUUGUUGAGGCUAAUCAAGAUGUUGGAAGUUAUUGGAUGCGUGCCAUUUAUCAGACGGCGUGCAAUAAUCUUGGUAUUGACAGGAACGAUAUCAAAGGUGUUAUUCGGUAUGAAGGAUCGACUGAUGAAGGAUCCCCGACAACAACUCAGUGGAAUUCGAUUACAAAUUCUUGCGGCGAUGAGCCAUAUGAGAGCUUGGUUCCUUACGUGGCUAAGACUGUUGGUGCCGCGGACAAGCAGGAGAAUCUUGAUGUCGGGUGGUUCUACUCGAGCGAUCUAGUCUUUCAUUGGACGCUCAACACGAAAGCGUUGACAAUCAACUGGGGGCAGCCCACAGAUCUUCUGAUUACCCAAAACCAAUCUGUGUUCCCAUCAGACUACAAUACCUAUGAGAUUCCAGCCGAGCAGGAUUGGACAUAUUGGGUCAUCGAAGACUUUAGUCUCGUGGAUGUUUACCACCCCUUUCACCUGCAUGGACACGAUUUUUACGUCCUUGCUCAAGGUAGUGGCUCAUAUUCGUCAUCGGUCACAUUGAACCGCAAUAAUCCCCCUCGGCGCGAUACUGCCACUAUGUCUGGAAAUGGUUACCUCGUCAUAGCUUUCGAAAAUGAUAACCCCGGCUCUUGGUUAAUGCACUGCCAUAUUGCUUGGCAUUCGAGUCAAAAUCUUGCACUCCAAUUUGUGGAAUUAUCAAACGAAAUUCCAGGCUUGUUUAAACCUGUUCAGGAGCAGUAUGAAACGACUUGUGAGAGUUGGAAUGAGUACUACAAAGACUCGUUAUACAGGCAAGAUGACUCUGGUAUAUAA